GCAUAUAUAGAGAAUAUGUCAAAGAGUUGUACAUUUAAACAUUUAAGGUUGGGACAAAGUUGCCCCCGAAUCAAGUCGUCGCAUCAUAGUUAUCUUCGCUACCACCAUUUUUAUGCCGGAGAUAAAAAUUAUCAAACAAAAUUUAUUUCCGAUUUAACCGGCAUUACUCCUAGGAUCAACAUGGCUUUGUCAACUGUAAGGGCAGCGAACAUGAGAAACUUGAAUUUUAUUCGAUCAUUUAGCACAACAUACGCCCGGCUAGAGAAGGCUCCUAUUCAAGUUUUUGGUGUAGAAGGAAGAUAUGCUCAUGCUUUAUUUGGAGCAGCUAGUCAAAAAAGUUCAUUAGAUAAAGUUGAAGCUGAGCUCCUUAAACUCAGGGACAUGUUUAAAAAAGAAACAAAACUUACAGAAUAUUGCAAAGAUCCUUCUAUCAAUAAGUAUGAAAAACAAGAUGUUAUUGUUCAAGUGAUGACGUCCAAAAAAUAUUCAGAUAUUAUUGUCAAUUUCAUGGGUUUGCUUGCAGAAAACAGUCGAUUGAAACGUCUUGAUGGUGUUAUUAAUGCUUAUACUAAAAUCAUGAGAGCUCGUCGUGGGGAAGUAGAUUGCAAGAUUGUAACUGCAAAGCCAUUGGAUGCCGCUACGAUGAAAACUCUAAGCGAGACAUUAAAGAAGUUUAUUAAACCCACUGAAACGCUUAAAAUAGAAUCAUUAAGCGAUCCUUCUAUUAUUGGAGGUAUGGUAAUAAAUUUGGGAGAUUACUUUAUUGAUAUGUCAACUGCAACAAAAGUCAAAAAACUUUCUCGUGCUCUUAAAGGAAUUGAGUAAAUAAGGAAAUAACAUUUAAACUGAUAUUAAGAAUUUUCUGUAUUUUGGUUUAUAUUUGAAAAUAUAAAUUAUGAAUAAAA